AUGCCAGUCUUGACUCUUCGAAUGAUCCGACCAACAGGAGCAUCGCGAACAAUAGCAGCGAUCUGCUCAAAUACAUUUCAAGCCAAUGCUGUGCCAGGCCCAUCAAGACUUGCGCCAUCGACCCUCCCGACACCCUUUGUAGUUGCAACGCGGCUGUGUGGAAUCUCUUCAAAAGCAUCUCUGCGUAGCGCUUCUGCUCUUCUACUUUCAAAUCGAGACAGUGCUCAGUUUCAGAAUGGCCAACGCUCCUCUCGCGCAUUGCUCCCAAAGCCUAGUGUCCGCACCUACUCUACCACUCCUGCUGGCGUCAAGACCACCUAUCCAAGUUCAGUACCACCAACCGACGAGAAUAGCCAGCAUCACAAUAGGAACAAGCUCGGCAAGGAACGCGAUCAGGGCUACCUCGCUUUCACCAAGUCCAGUCUCUUCAAGCUCACACUUCCACUCCAACCGCCAAGUUCUGACCCCGCCUCCCCCUCCUCCAAGAGCUCUUCGGCCAAAGCCAGGGCAGAACGGAAGGGCACCCCGCAGAGAUCAGAGGUUGAAGAGAAGCAACGCAAGAGCAUCUCCGACAAGCCUUGGGAACAGGCUGCAGAGACGCCAGGCCCACCUGUCUCGCAAGUCAAUCAUCGUGCGCAUUCCAACCUCCAUGGUCCCGAGAAUGGCGAGCCCUCCGAUAUCGAAGCCGAUGAAUAUGAUGCCGAAGCGCCCGCCCAUAGCGUUGUCUUUCUUCUCCACAGUGCACAACCUCUGAGCUAUGUUGCCAGCCUCAUUCGUGCCGAGGGUCCGAGUCCAGAGCCGAGUCAGUAUCAGCUCCAAGAGGUGCAGCAGGCAAACGCUUCCUCCGGAGAUCAAGGCGACAAGAAGGACAAGGUCAGCAUUCCAGUGGGACCAACAUCUUCACCGGAGCGAAAGGACAAGCGUAUCACCUUGACACAAGAGCAACUCGAGAUGCGCGAAACGCUGCUUCGACAGGGCUUCGUCGAUCCCCUCGGUGAUCCCCCCAUUUCCUUCCAUACUCGUGCCGCUGACGGCAAGCGCUGGUCGCCUGCAACAGGCAUCGGUGACUUCCUCCGCGACGCUGCACGUAUCGGCUCCUUCGUCAUCCGCAUCGGAGAGCGCAACGUCUACGUCACCGUCCCCUCCUUUGAGGACCGUACACGUUUCCUUCGUGCCAGCUUGUACGCCAAGACAGAGCAAAUCGAACAGCUCGUCAAGCUCAAGGCAGAGUGCGACCGCAUCGCCCACAUGGGAACCAAGCGACUCUCCUUUGCUGGUGUGGCCAUCCUGAGCGCCUGGUGGGGCUCGGUCGCCUUUCUCACCUUCUGCACUGAGCUUGGCUGGGACGUCAUGGAGCCUGUCACCUACCUUACCGGUCUUGGCACCAUCCUGGGUGGUUAUAUCUGGUUCCUCAUUCAUAAUCGCGAGGUAUCCUACCGCGCUGUACUCAACGAGACUACAUCUAGGCGACAACAGAAGCUGUACAUCAAGAAGGGGUUCAACGUGGAGCGCUAUCAAGAGCUCAUCGAGGAGGUCAAGGAUCUGCGAAAGGCCAUCAAGAAGGUCGCUGAGGAUUACGACCUCGAAUGGGAUCAAGGCGAAACCAGAGCAGGCAAGCAGAACAAGAAGGCACUCAAGAUCAUCCGUAACCACGAAGCGGCAUCUUUCCGCUCCAAGAGGGAGGACGUAGGCGAGGAUAGGGAUGGAGAUGACACCGGCAAGGACAACAGGCAUGUCAGCAGCGCUGAACACGAAGCUGAGGAUAAAGAUGGCGAUGGUCAGCCAGACAAUGUACAGGAAGAUCACUCCAAGCUCAAGAUCAGGAAAAAGAAGGCCAACGAGACCGAGCCUCGUCGUCACUAUUCGACAUCCGCGCGACGACCCACCAUCUCCGCCUCUGCCAGGGCAACGUCUCAAGUGAGAUAUUACAGCAGUAGCUCGGAGCAAGCAUCUGCAUCGUCGGCCUCGAAGGCAGCUGUCGCCAAGUCCACCUUGGAGGCUACCACUAGGAGCUCUGCAGCUGCACCAACCUCACAAACCAAGAAACCAUUCAGCAUCAAGCCUUACAUGGCUCUGAGCCGCAUCGACAAACCCAUCGGCACCUGGCUUCUUUACUGGCCUGGUGUAUGGUCCAUUGUUCUCGCCUCGCACACACUCGGCCUGCCCUUCACCACGCCACUCUUCUACACUUUGCUGUUCGGCGUCGGUGCCAUCGUCAUGCGUGGAGCCGGAUGCACCAUCAACGACAUGUGGGACGUCAAGAUGGACCGGAUGGUUGAACGCACCAAGACGCGUCCACUGGCUGCUGGUGACAUCAGCCAGUUCCAAGCUCUCUGCUUCCUUGGUGUACAGCUCAGUGCUGGUCUCGCUGUUCUGGUCAACUUGAACCUUUACAGCAUCAUCCUUGGUGCAAGCUCGCUAGGCGUUGUCGUGCUGUAUCCACUCAUGAAGCGCGUGACCUACUGGCCGCAAUUGGUGCUGGGCUUUGCGUUCAACUGGGGUGCCAUGCUCGGAUGGUCCGCCGUCGCGGGUGCUGUUGACUGGUCCGUUGUCUUGCCAUUGUACGCUGGCUCCAUCUUUUGGACCUUGGUCUAUGACACAAUCUACGCACACCAAGACAAGACCGAUGACGUUCAUGCCGGUGUCAAGUCGACUGCAUUGCUGUUCGCAGACAAGGCCAAGCCGGUCCUUUCAGCCUUCUCAGCUGCGACCAUUGGACUGUUUACAUACAGCGCAUCGAAGGCCAUCCCCCCUACGAUUGCUGCUAAGCACACCACUGCAGCUGAAGUACUCGCUCCUGCCCAGAGCACUUCGGUCGGCGACCUCGUCCUGUCGCCCUCCAUUCUUGACAGUCUCGCUUCUGUAUCGCCCAUGCUAGAUGCGCUUGCUCAUCACCAUCCCUUCUUCUGCGUAGCACUUGCAGGCGGUGCAUCGCACCUUGCCUGGCAAGUCCGAACGGUCAAGUUGGACGAUCGUCCGGACUGCUGGCACAAGUUCUGCUCCAAUACGACAUUCGGCUGGAUCAUCGUUUCCGGUCUUAUUGCCGAUUAUGCGGUUUGGCUAUAUCUCAAUGAGGGGCAUGCGGAGUCGAAAGGAAACGAAGAAGGACAGUGA